CUUCCACAUAAUUCUCCUACGUCACUGGUACGAAACAACUGGAAGCACAUCACCACAAGAACGAACAGCAGCAUCCACGUCGUGUGGGUAUUCGCAGGACGUGCUAUUGUGGAACCGAAAGGCGAGUCCCUGCGCUGAGCAGACAUUGGUACACAGUCCUGUGAACGGUCAGGAUUCCUCUGCACCCACUUGACAGUCAGGACUCGUCAUGUCCCAGCACGUGCGAGAUCUCGCUUCCUGUACAGAUUUUCUGUUUGGGAAUUUGUGGUCUGAUGGUGUUGUAUUAAACAGAAGAUGUCUGGUAUGAAUGCCAAAGGGUUUUUUGACCAACUGCGUCAACUGUCAAAGGACAUAGGCUCAAACAUAGACACCCUUAAAGCUAGGAUCGAAUGUCCAGCUAGAACAGACUAUGCUUCUAACGCAGUUAUCAAGCUGCAAGAGAUGAGGAAGGAAAUGAAGACACUCAAGGCUGAUAGCGAAGUUGUGUUAGAAAAUUGUCGGAAGAAGACUGCAGACUUCGGAGAUGUUCUUGCAGCCUGUCAGCAGCUGGUACAAUCUCACAAGACAACAACACUGGCCCUGGAGUCUUUUCUGAAGCAAUAUGGGUACACUACUUGGGAUGAGCUCAAGAGCAAAGAAGCAGAAAGCCAACAGAAGAAAGAAGAAGUACCUAAUGAAGCAAAUUCAGAGCAAGCCAAUGACUCUUCAGUAACCUCAGUGCAAACACCAGAGAGCAAAUCCAGUAGGAGAGGCAAAGGCACGCCUAAAUUAGAAGACUAUGUCUUCAGUGAGUACACUAUGCAUGCCCGUAGUCAGUGGAUGAACAAAGAUGUGAAAACAGCGACGAAUCUGUCAUUGGCACUAGCUGAAAGACAGGCGCCACAAAGUGAGAGUUCCGAACCAGCUAGGCCUAAGACAGCAGAUGUACCUGAGACGACUUCUAGAAAUGUUUAUAGUGACUCGGUGAGAACACCACUAUGUAGAGGAGAUGUACCGCAUUAUGGAACACCUAAACUGGAGGAGUUUGAGUUUAGUGAGCAUACAAUGCAACUGAUCAACAUUCUGAAAACUGGCAAGGAUGCAGUUGUAGAAAACACACCUUUAGCCCUGAAACAAGGUGCAUACAGUGAGUUUGGCUAUGACAGCCCCCAGCAGCCAGUACCAGCCAAAUUCAUGAAUGAUGGUGUGUUAGUGACUCCGAGUAUAGGGAAUGGCCAGCCUUAUCCGACAGAGACACCAGCCUACCACAUCGGAGGUGCCUAUGGCUUUGGGACACAGGAGAGUCCUUAUCAAACAAUUGAGCGAUCACGGCAAGAAAACACCUUCAGGAGAGACCAGACUGCAAUCAAACUGGAGGACCAUUUAGAUUUCACAGAGGACCUGUCAUUGCCUCAGCCUCCCAUUAGACGGCUUGACAAUGAACUUGUGGGCAAGAUGCCCAGUAAACCAACACUGUUAACCUCUGAGGCAGGUCAGAUAGCGAGACCCACCCCUCCAGAACCUCAGCUUCUCUCCUCCAGGCUGCAGAGGCUCCAGAUUGCCAGUUCCAAGAGCUACCUGGACAGUACCCCACCUGAGCCAGAGCUCCUCACGGUCAGACUUAACACCAUGCAGGUGGGGCAGAGAGUGAACCUGCUGAACACCAAACUAGACAACCCUGCCCCACAAAGGCUGGAGCAGCUGUCCCAGAGACUGACCAAGCAGAAGGAAGCCGUCUCCCACAUCAUCAUGGCUAGUCACAUGGAGAAGACUGUGCCAGGCUUGCCCAAGCCUCUGGAUGAGCGGGCCUAUCCCAUGAGUGCUAUGCCGGCCCCACCCAAACUCCUGGGCAAAUAUGACUUCCUUGACUCAGAGAAUGUGCCACCAUAAUGGUGUUAUUACUUCCCAUUUGCUGUGUGCAAGUAUCAUUAAGCUCUCUAUUAUAGUAGUGUGUACUGUGUCGUAGUAUGAGGUCAGGUAAUGAGGAGGAAACUAUGGUAACAGUAAGGAAUAAAAUUGUAUAUGUUAAGUGGCCACUGCUGGACAUGUGGGCCGAGGUGUUGUUGCUGACUUGACCCAUUCGACCACCUGUAAGGUUAUAUCAUUUCAUCUAAAGUUAGUAUGUAAAAAUGUACUUUCCAGCGCAUAUACAGGCAUUUAAAUCAUACUUUUGAUGCAAACACUGAUCAAAAACUUCGCAAAAAUCAUCAGUGGACCUAUAAGGUGGAUAUGAGUCCAUCAGAAUCAAGAAAAAUAUGUCAGAAAAAUCAGAAUUAAGAAAAUUGCGAAACUUUAGGUGAUGUACAGUAUGUGUGGAACUGUAUGUCCAUCUGUGUGGCUGGUUGGUAUGUGUUGAACUGUAUGUCCAUCUACGUGGGUGAUUGGUAUGUUUUGAACUGUAUGUCCAUCUGCAUGGUGGGUUGGUAUGUGUUGAACUGUAUGUCCAUCUACGUGGGUUGUUGGUAUGUGUUGAACUGUAUGUCCAUCUACUUGGCUGGUUGGUAUGUGUUGAACUGUAUGUCCAUCUAC